AAUUUCUGCAACAACUGAACCUGACGGGCGUUAGGACCCGGAAGACGAUGAGGCGGAGCUUCGCAGGUCGCUGUGUGGAAAACAUGGCGGACCACAACAUGACAGAAACUACAGAGACAUUCUACAAUGAGAUAUUAAGUCCCUGUGAGUUGUUCGCAGCUCGCUCCAGGAGUCAUAAAAUCCCUGUCAGAGGACAGAAGGACUUCUUCCCCAACGACUCAGAGGAGCAGAAACAGCGACUGCAGCAGAGUUUGGACGAACACUGGAGCCUCAUAUCAGAGGAGAGAGUCGAGAGGCUAGGAAGCCUGGUGAAAGCCACAUGGAUUCCCAGUGAGCAGAUUGUGGAGCUUCAGACUCCAGCUGGUAAGUUUUGGCAGACGAUGGGCUUCUCAGCCAAUGGAAAACAGUACCUUCUCCCAGAAGAGGCUCUCUACCUGAUGGAGUGUGGCAACGUGUUGGUGUUUUAUAAGGAGCUGCCGCUCUCCAUCCAGGACGGCUACGAGAAGUUUCUGUCCUCAGACACRCUGAGUCUGCAGCAGUAUCAGGUAUUUGGGCAUCUGAAGAGGCUCGGCUAUGUGGUGCACAGAUUUGAUUCAAGCUCGGAGCCGUCAUCCUACGCCCGACAGCUGAACCUGCCUCAGUCCAGAGAGCGAGGAGGAAGAGCGCUGAAGAGAAAACGCAGCCCCAGCCCCUCGCAGUCAGCCAGGUUUUCCAGCUCGGAGCCGUCAUCCUACGCCCGACAGCUGAACCUGCCUCAGUCCAGAGAGCGAGGAGGAAGAGCGCUGAAGAGAAAACGCAGCCCCAGCCCCUCGCAGUCAGCCAGCUGCACUCAGACACGAGCACAAUCACCUGCUGAGAAAAUGGAGGGUAAUAAACUAGCAGAGCCACAGCUGACGACCUCUACAGACCCUCCCGAGACCCGGUCCGCCCUCUCCAGAGACGAGGGCCGGCUCAGGACCUGGUGGAUGACAGAUGAUCCUGAGCGAGACCCUGGACAAAGAUCCGAACUCUCCUCGCCCCGUCGCUCACGUCGGGAUUUCAGUGCUGUUCCUUUGCCAGAUUUGGGCUCCGGACACCCCAGCCACAUGGCCCCCCCGGACCCCUCAGUGCUGCCCGGGGCCCUGGCUGUCGGGGUCUGUGACGUCGCCGCCUGGAGGCAUAGAAUCAACCUGCGCAAGGUGAAGAUGUCUGCGAAGGAGGAGAGGAGGGAGGAGAGAAGGCGGCGGUGGGACGUAAACAAGGACAGAGAGGUCCGACGGUGCAGGAACUGGGCCGAGUAUCACGAGCUGCUGGCGAGGCGGCAGGCGAGGCGUCGGGGCCGACCCCAUCACUUAUGGAACCGGGAGGUUAAACCUCUACACGACCCCACUCAGCCCAUCUCCACAGCCGAGCUGCUGGAGAAAAUCAGUGUGAUUAAACCGACACAUUUAAUGGAGGGAGCGUCCAGGUUAAAAGGUUCAGAUGAGUGGAGGAUUUGUUUCAAUGUUUAUCAGCCCGACUCCGUUUCCAACUUCAAGAAGAGCAGCCCGGGCCAACCGUACACCCGCAUGUGUGUUUGCAGUUUUGACGGUCCGGUUCCUGACCUGCGGGUCGUGAAGCAGCUGUCCUUCCAGAGCGGAGACGUCCCCGUCGUCUUUGCCGUCGUGGACCACGGGGACAUUUCCUUCUACACCUUUAAAGACUUCCAGUUGCCGCGGGACAUUUACCCCUGAGAAGAGUUUUGAUUUCUGACUGCUGGAUGAUUAUUUAUUGUUUUUAUUUGAAGAAGAAGAAGAGACAGUUCUGUUCUGGUGCCAAAGCUUUGAUUUUAGAAUGUUUGCUGGGUUCAGUUAUUCAACAGUUUUAAAGACAUGAGUUCAUCUCUUUGCUUUGUUAUUGUCUCAUUAAAUUGACUUUAAAUCGUUGUUAUA